UGCCGCCAUGGCGGUGCCCAGGCGCUAAGGGAGGCGCUCGGCGGCGCCGGGACGCGGGUGACCAUGAAGGUGGUGAACCUGAAGCAGGCCAUCCUUCAGGCCUGGAAGGAGCGAUGGAGCGACUACCAAUGGGCCAUAAACAUGAAGCGGUUCUUCCCCCGCGGAGCUACCUGGGACAUCCUCAACCUGGCAGAGGCUCUCCUGGAACAGGCCAUGAUCGGGCCAUCCCCAAACCCACUCAUCUUGUCCUACUUGAAAUAUGCCAUCAGCUCCCAGAUGGUGUCCUAUUCCACGGUGCUGACGGCCAUCAGCAAGUUCGAUGACUUCUCCCGGGAUCUGUGUGUCCAGUCGCUGCUGGAGAUCAUGGACAUGUUCUGUGACCGCCUCAGCUGCAACGGGAAGGCUGAGGAGUGCAUCAGCCUGUGCCGGGCGCUGCUGAGUGCCCUCACCUGGCUCCUGCGCUGCGCCGCCUUCUACGCCGAGAAGGUGAAGGAGCCCCUGGAGCAGGCGGCGGCCGAGAACCAGCUGAAGAUGUGCCUGGAGCGGCUGGAGAAGAUGCUCAGCAGCACCAAGAACCGCGCCCUGAUCCACAUCGCCAAGCUGGAGGAGACGUCCUCCUGGAGCACUGUGGAGCAGUCCCUCGUCAAGCUGGGGGAGAACCUGAAACAACCUCGGCGUUCCCCGCUGCGGAGCCAGGCUGACGACUGCGUGUCCCUCAUCAAGAGCAUCCCCACCAUGCUCUCGGUCCACCGGGAGCAGCUGAACAAGACGGGGUUCCCCACCGUGCACGCUGUGGUGCUGCUGGAAGGGACCAUGAACCUCACAGGGGAGACUCAGCCGCUGGUGGAGCAGCUCAAGGUGAAGAGGAUGCAGCGCAUCCCCUCCCCGCUCUUUGUGCUGGAGAUCUGGAAGGCCUGUUUUGUGGGCCUCAUCGAGUGCCCCGAGGGCACGGAGGAGCUCAUGACAGCCUUCACCUUCCUGAAGAUGCCCCAAGUCCUGGUUAAACUCAAGAAGUAUCCCCAAGGGGACAGGGAUUUCACCGAGGACGUGAACUGUGCCUUCGAGUUCCUGCUCAAGCUGACCCCUCUGCUCGACAAAGCUGACCAGCGCUGCAACUGCAACUAUAGCCUGCUCCUGCAGGAGUGCAGCAAGCAGGGGCUGCUCUCCGAGAAUGCCAACAUCCAGCCAAACCCAGGGCUCAUCCUGAGGCUGAGCCCACUGUCACCACAUCCUGAAGGCUUGCUGGGGGUCCUGGGUCACAUGCUGUCUGGGAAGAGCCUGGACUUGCUGCUGGCAGCGGCAGCAGCCACGGGCAAGCUGAAAUCCUUUGCUCGCAAGUUUGUCAGUGAGCUGAACGAAUUCACCAAGCAAAUCACCGAGAAAUCUGUAAGUGCUGGCUCAGUGCGAGCCCUGCUCUUCGACAUCUCCUUCCUCAUGCUGUGCCAUGUGGCCCAGACCUACGGCUCAGAGGUGAUCCUGUCGGAUUCGAACCCUCCGGGUGAGGUUCCCUUCUUCGAGACCUGGAUGCUGACCUGCAUGCCCGAGGAGGGGAAGAUCCUCAACCCCGACCACCCCUGCUUCCGCCCGGAUUCCACCAAGGUGGAGUCCCUGGUCGCCCUCCUCAACAACUCCUCUGAGAUGAAGCUGGUGCAGAUGAAGUGGCACGAGGUGUGUCUGAGCAUCUCAGCUGCCAUCCUGGAGAUCCUCAAUGCCUGGGAGAAUGGUGUCCUCACCUUUGAGUCCAUCCAGAAAAUCACGGACAACAUCAAGGGGAAGGUGUGCAGCAUGGCAGUGUGUGCCGUGGCCUGGCUGGUGGCCCACGUCCGCAUGCUGGGCCUGGACGAGCGGGAGAAGUCCCUGCAGAUGAUCCGGCAACUCGCGACCCCCCUGUACGGGGAGAACACGCUGCAGUUCUACAACGAGCGUGUGGUGAUCAUGAGCUCCAUCCUGGAGCACAUGUGCGCCGACGUCCUGCAGCAAACGGCCACGCAGAUCAAGUUCCCUUCCACGGGCAUGGACACCAUUCCCUACUGGAAUCUCCUGCCCCCCAAGAAGCCCAUCAAGGAGGUGCUGACCAGCGUGUUCACCAAGGUGCUGGAGAAGGGCUGGGUCGACAGCCGCUCCAUCCACAUCUUCGACACCCUACUGCACAUGGGGGGGGUCUACUGGUUCUGCAACAACCUGGUCAAGGAGCUGCUGAAGGAGACACGGAAGGAGCACACCCUGCGGGCUGUGGAGCUGCUCUAUGCCAUCUUCAGCCUGGACAUGCAGCAGCUGACGCUGACGCUGCUGGGCCACAUCCUGCCCAACCUGCUGACAGACUCCUCCAAGUGGCACACCCUCAUGGACCCCCCCGGGAAGGCCCUGGCCAAGCUCUCUGUGUGGUGUGCCCUGAGCUCCUACUCCUCCCACAACAAGAGCCAGGCCUCAGCCCGGCAGAAGAAGCGGCACCGGGAGGACAUCGAGGAUUACAUCAGCCUGUUCCCGCUGGAUGACACGCAGCCCUCCAAGCUCAUGCGCCUGCUGAGCUCCAACGAGGAGGAUUCCAACAUCCUCUCCAGCCCCAAUCGUUCCAUGAGCAGCUCACUCUCUGCUUCCCAGCUCCACACUGUCAGCAUGAGGGACCCGCUCAACCGUGUGCUGGCAAACCUCUUCCUGCUCAUCUCUUCCAUCCUGGGGGCCAAGACGGCCGGCACCCACACCCAGUUUGUCCAGUGGUUCAUGGAGGAGUGUGUGGAGUGCCUGGAGCAGGGCAGCCGUGGGAGCAUCCUCCAGUUCAUGCCCUUCACCAUGGUUUCGGAGCUGGUGAAGGUGUCCACCAUGUCCAGCCCCAAAAUCGUGCUGGCCAUCACUGACCUCAGCCUGCCCCUGGGCCGCCGCGUCGCUGCCAAGGCCAUCGCUGCGCUGUGAGGGGACAGCACCUGCCCAGGGCACAUCCCUGAGCAUCCCGGGCACAUCCCUGCCAACCUGGAUGCCUGGGAUGGCUUCUGUCACUGCAGCUUGGCCUCGCCCUGCCCAUGGGCUGCUCCUUCAGUGCCCGGAGCCAUCCCUGUGCUGCCUCACGAGGGCUUCGAGAAUGAGACGCCCCCAUGAUUUUUUCUAUUCUAUAAAUAAUUCAAUCCUUUUGUAGAACCA